UGGAAAUAAAAAAUAAUAAAAAGAAAGGGUUGCAAAAAAUCGUGCGCCACUUGCCCACUCCAUCAGUUCUAUUGCUACAAAAACCAGCCACGUCGCCGUUUCAAGCUUCUCAAAGUCGAACCAUUCUGUAUGGCGGGGAAGCUUAUGCGUGCUGUUCAGUACGAGGGUUAUGGCGGUGGAGCUGCUGGUUUGAAGCACGUUGAAGUUCCAGUUCCUACACCUAGUAAGGGUGAGGUCCUGCUAAAGUUGGAAGCUACUAGCUUAAAUCCCAUUGAUUGGAAAACUCAGAAGGGCGUGCUUCGUCCUUUUCUUCCUCGAAAGUUUCCGUUUAUACCGGCUACUGAUGUAGCUGGAGAAAUAGUGGAGGUUGGAGCUGGAGUCGAAAGUUUCAAACCUGGCGACAAAGUUGUAGCCAUGCUGAGUCAUACUACUGGGGGUGGCCUUUCUGAAUACGGAGUAGCCAAGGAAAACCAGACCGUCCCAAGGCCCCCAGAAGUCCCCGCUCCCGACGCCGCGGGCCUCCCGAUCGCGGGCCUCACGGCCCACAUGGCCCUCACGCAGACCGCCGGGCUCAAGCUCGACGGUACGGGCCCACGUAAAAACAUCCUCAUCACCGCAGCUUCAGGCGGCGUGGGCCACUACGCCGUCCAGCUGGCGAAGCUCAGCAACGCCCACGUCACCGCCACCUGUGGGGCCCGCAACCUCGACCUCGUCCGGAGCCUCGGGGCCGACGAGGUCCUCGACUACAAGACUCCGGAAGGUUCCGCCCUCCGGAGCCCUUCGGGUAAAAAGUACGACUUUGUGGUCCACUGCGCCUCGGCUUUCCCAUGGUCCGUUUUCGAGCCGAAUUUGAGCGAGAACGGGAAAGUGAUCGACAUCACGCCGGGGCCCGCCGCCAUGUGGACUUUCGCGGUGAAGAAAAUAACUUUCUCGAAAAAGCAGCUCGUCCCUUUGCUUCUUUUCCCGAAAGGCAAGGAUUUGAAGCGACUGGUGGAGUUGGUGAAAGAAGGGAAGGUUAAGACGGUGAUCGACUCAAAGUUUCCAUUGAGUAAGGCAGAGGAUGCAUGGGCUAAGAGCAUCGAAGGGCAUGCCACCGGGAAGAUUAUCGUCGAGCCGUAGAUUUAGAGGUAAAGAGGUAAGAAAAACUUGUGGGUUUUAAGAAUGUUUUUACCUGUUGUGGCUUGGUCUUGGAUGAACUCUGUUGCCUGGUUUUAAGAAUGUAUGGGGACAUAUAUAUAUGUGUGUCUUGGUCUGAUGAUGAAAAACUAGUGAAUGAUAGUGAAUAAAGUUGGCAUUUGGGACUUAUGGACCUCAUUAUUGUUUAGUUGUGAACUUUACAAGUUUUAUUAGACUUGGAUUGGAUAUGUGCCCAGGGUUAGUUUGAGUUUUACUCUUAUAUACCUAACUAUUUAUAAUUAUUUAUUAUUUUUUUAUUUUUUAUAUGAUU